CCUGGGGUGGUUCAUGAAACUCUCCUACAAGAUCCACGUGGGUUUAAUGUAUGGUAUUUGAACAAGUUUUUAAGCAUUCCGUCGACCAUCAAUUACUGUUAUUACUGAUGGUCGCGGAGGAAUUAGGGUUGGCUCGUACGGAGUACGUACAUACGAAUCAAAGAGAUACAGGGGAAAAGCUGCCCCGCUAUAUCGUCAGCAGCCUAGUAGUACCUCCGCCUCCCCAUCUUCAACAACCCCCAACAUGGCAAAAAGAUAGAGCAAAUUAUGCAGACGCUUGGAAGAGAUAGUCGUUAAUCACUAUAUCCAUUCUCCUCAUUCGGUACCCCCUCCUCGCGACUAGCUCUGGUCUUGGUACCCAACAAGCGUCUCCAGAACGAGUCUCACUAAUCACGACAAAUCAAUGGGGCGAAAGUCUUACUGGAUGGGGUAAAGAUUGGUCCAGACCCGGGGUUGUUGGAGACUAUGCUUGCAUUUGGUAGGUCGAAAGGAGGAACUAGCAUUCCUGCACCUAACAAGGUAGUCCAGGAGAUAGUCUACCCGUACCUGUAGCCUGUACCUUGGUGGUAUUAAAUGAUCUUGUAAUCAGUGAAAAUUAUGACGCUGGUGACGGAGCACCCCC